GUCCGACCUCUUUCGACCAGCAACAUAAGCCGAACAUACAGAAAGCGUCCGAACCAUAGUGAGAAUCGUUCACUGCUCGUUUCCCUCACAAUGGCCCGACCGGACGCUGAAUCUCGUCCCCAAGACGACCUGGAUGCUCUUUUUGAAGCCGAUCACACAAUGGACGAUAUCUUCACCAACAUUCGACGAGAAAAUCCCAAGGCGCAGAAUGAAACCUCAGAGGCACAGGAAGUCACAUAUCGCAGGAGAACAGCAGGUGAACAAAAUGAUGUAGAUGAUUCGAUCAAAAUCACGAAGAAGCGAAAGCCGAUUGCUAAGCUUGAUGAUAAACGGCUACUUUCAGAUGCAGGUAUUCCUAAGCUGCAGAAAAUUGCCAAGGAUAGAUUCAAGUUCAAAGGAAAAGGUCACGAGUUUUCAGAUGUAGCAAAGCUUCUACGAACUUAUCAGCUAUGGCUCGAUGAUCUCUACCCUCGGGCCAAGUUUGCGGACGGUCUGAGUAUUAUUGAGAAGCUGGGACACUCAAACCGGAUGCGGCUGCAGCGGAAAGCAUGGAUAGAGGAAGGCAGGCCCAAAGAAUCCACCAGCGAAGACAUCGACCUCGAAGGAGAGAAAGAUGGAUCACAAAGACCCGGAUCUGUGAAUGGCGGCGACAUCGUUCGAGAGAGAUCAGCGUCAACUGCAUGGGCAGAAACUGAGACCCCAAGCAAUGCAGCUAACAGCAGGAUGGCUGACAAUGGUACGGGUAUAUCCGAAAUCUCUGGGCAGAAGACUCCGCAUGAACCAAAUGAAGACGAACUUGAUGCCUUGCUUGCCGAAGAGUCUCUAGCGAAAGGCUCAUCGAAUAAUUUGCCAAAGGGAGCUAUUCCGGAACAAUUGUCGCAGAGGCAGGAGCAGUCGUUCGAAGAUGAGGAAGAGGCUAUGCGAGAAAUGGGCUGGUACUAAUCGCAAAUGCCCACUUUCUCUUAGCGAUUGAUCGAAGUCUACGGGACUACUAUCUCGACAUGUCACCAAAGGCCUGAACCGGCGAGCAUUGAGCGCACAUUGCAGGCAUCUUGGCCAACACAUAUUUAAUGAUUACCAAGCGACGAAACGAACGCUGCAUGAACAUAUAUCUCAAUUCGGACUACUAUGCCCAAGUUUUUGUGCGCUAUGUUCGCGACG